AUGUCGAACACGAACGGUAAAAUAAGAGAGACCACCAACUCCGUGAUGUCUUCAACACAAACCAGCAUUCAUGAACCAACAGACGUUGGGACACAAGUUUCAAUAGAAGAGAGUAGUUCGGAAGAAACUAACAGGCGUAAAAGCCUUGAAGCUCUCGCCACAAUCCAUAGUUAUAUAGGAUCUCAUUCAAGAUGUACAAGGCCAACUGAAGAUGUGUUCAAUCCCGAAGACAGAAAGAUUCGUGAGGAAAUAAUUCGAAUGAUAAUCCAAUAUCUUUCGGAUGAAGGUUAUACUGCAUCAAAAAUGACCAUUUAUGAUGAAGCUAAUGUGAAUUGGCAUGAAAAAGAAGAACAUGUUGUAGAAGUCAAUCGGUUAAAAAAAGCAAUACUAGAUGGAGAUUGGGCUGAGGUUGACAAGAUUUGUGCUAAACCUUUGGUAAAAAAUCAAAAAAGUUUUAUGUAUGCAGUAUAUAAACAGCAAUAUCUUGAGUAUAUCGAGUAUCAAGAGAUACAAAAGGCUUUCACAUUUCUUAACAAAAGAUUAAAACCACUUGAGCAUCUUCAAACAACUCCUAAUGAAUUUAAAGAUCUGUGUUAUUUGCUAACAGCGAAAUCCGUCCAUGAUGCGCCAUCGUUCAAGAAUUGGGAAGGAAUCGGUCCUGCUAGGGAGAAGUUGGUAGAACAAUUUCGAGACAUUUUAAAUUUUGACAAUAUGGACAAGGAUGGUUUCGGAUACAUGCCGCCCAAUCGACUUCUUACGUUGCUUCAGCAAGCUGUUAAAUACCAAAUCGAAUGUUCUCGAUACCAUCCACGUGUAGCACCAAGCGUAAAUACGUUAUUACACGAUUACUCCAGCUUUAUAAUACCUAAUGCUCUUCGUUCGACCUUUGUUGGACAUAAAGGUAAUGCGAAAUGUGUAGAAUUUAUUGGAGAAGAAGGAAGAGAAAUUGUUAGCGGAUCCAGUGAUAAUACGCUAAGAGUUUGGGAUAUCGAAAGUGCAAAGGAAAAAGGUAUUUUAACGGGUCACGAAUCACGUAUUUGGGAUGUAUCAUCCAAUAAAAGUGGCUCAAUGAUAUCAAGUGCCAGCGGCGAUGGGACCAUAAAGCUGUGGGAUAUGAAAACGAGCGCAUGUGUAUCCUCAUUAACUGGUCAUUCUGGUGAUGUCUAUACUGUCAAAUUUCAUCCUGGUGAUGCAAGUUAUGAUAAGACCGUUAGACUUUACGAUGUUCCUACUGGUAAAUUGGUAAAAAUGUUUACGGGACAUCAAUUGUCCGUAUCGAAAACUAUAUUUAACCCUUUGGGCAAUUUGAUAAUUAGCGGGUCAAAAGAUAAUACAAUUAAGUUUUGGGAUAUUAUAUCAGGAUUAUGUGUACGAACAAUAUCAUAUCAUUUAGGUGAAGUAACAUGUGUUGCAAUGAACUUUAAUGGAACAUUAUUAUUAAGCUGUUCAAAAGAUAAUUCUAACAGAUUAUGGGAUGUUAGAAUGGUACGCCCUAUAACAAGAUUUAAAGGACAUCAGAAUACUUCAAAAAAUUUUAUUAGAGCUGGAUUUGCAAACAAACCAUUAAUUGUUGGAGGAUCAGAGGACGGGGUUGUGUACAUAUGGGAUCAGGAUACCGGUGAAGUAUUGCAAAAAUUACGAGGGCAUGUUGGUAUAGUUUAUGAUACAAUUUGGAAUCCCAAACAAAAUUUAUUCGUCAGUUGUAGUGAUGAUAAAACCUUAAAGUCUUGGUGUUAUGAUGAAAAUUUGCCGUUAGAGUUGUGA